AUGAGCACCUGGAUGAACGACGCAGUCCCGAACCACAAUGGCAACGGCUUCCCGCACAUGAAUGACCCCAGCGCUGCCAGUGCCAUGAUGGACCCUUCUGCCUUCAUGGCCAACCCGGGCCAGUUCAAUCCGGCCGCCCAAUUUUCCAAUCAACAGCAGAUGGCCCUGCAAAACGGCCCGAUGCGCCACGCCUCGCCCGCCGGCUACCAGGCAUCUCAGGUCUACCAGACCAAUUCUGUCAUUCCAUCAAAGCGGCCUCGGCCCCGUGAGGAUUCCAUCUCCAGCUCUCCCAGGCAGAAUCCGGGCAUGCUUCCGACGUCGCGCUCCGAAACGCCGCAGCAGCAGAGCUUCCCCGGCUUCCAGCCUGGCGCUAUGCCGCAGCAGAAUGCUGGCCAAUUCUCCCACCUCCAGACCAACGGCUCGGCUAACGCAAGCCCCUCGCCUAUCAUGGGCAACCAAAUGCGCCCAGGUAGUGUCCCUCAGAGGGUGGCGACGGCCUCGCCUCACCCGUUUUCCCCGGGCGCUCAGCAGUUUGCUUCUCAGACGUCGCCCAUCACCUCGGAACAUGGCACACCCCAGCCGAAUCCAUACAUGCAGAACAUGCCUCAAGGCUACAACCCGGCUUUCGCGCAGUCCCCAUCGAAUCCGCGCCCAUCACCAAAUCCAAAUGCGAUGGCGGGCAAUCCCAUGAUGGCCCAACAAAUGGCUCAGAUGGGACAACCCAUGGGCCAAAUGCCAGCUGGCAUGUAUGCUCAGUUGCAGCAACAGCAGCAGAUUCAACAGCAACAGCAACAGCAACACCAGCAACAGCCUCAACAACCCCAACAACAGCAACAGCGACCCCAGAACCUGACUGAAGGGCAGAAAAUGGCCGCGUAUCAGAUGCGGCUCCAACAGCAACUCCAAGGCAACAUGCAAAUGCAGGCUCAAAUGCAGGCCCAAGGCAUGGGCCGCGGAAUGAUGGCGAAGCAGCCGCAGAUGCCUGGUGUACCAAAUGGCCAGAUACCUCAAGGACCGAUGCGACCUCAACACCGACCAACUGGCAGCAUUAACGGAGAACAGUUUAUGAAGAAUUUGACCGGGCUCAUGAAUGCUAAAGGCCUUCCAUUAGAUCCAAAUCCCAUGAUUGGGGACCGGCUGGUCAAUCUGAUGAUCCUGUUCCAAGCUGUUCAGCAAAAGGGCGGUUCGAAGUCGGUGACCGUUGCCAAUGGCUGGGGCCAUGUCGCUCAGGCUAUGGGACUUCCGGCGCAGCAGCCUAACGUUCCCUUUUCGCUCAAACAAAUCUACGAGCGUAAUUUGUCCAAGUUUGAAGAAGUCUGGAUAGCCCAGCAGAAGCAGAGAAUGAUGCAGCAGCAACAAGCGAACCUUGCGAACCAACCGGUGCAACAACAGCAGCCGCAGCCGCAGCAACAACAACAACAACAACAACAGCAACAGCAACAGCAACCGCCGCCCCAGCCCCAUGUACAGCAACAUACUCCUGUGAAAUCUGGUCAACCCUCAGUCAACGGCUUCUCCACUCCUCAAACUCCACAGCAGCUUCAGCAGCCAAACGCUAUCCCUGGCCACAAUAGGAACAGCUUAUCGCGCGGCAUUGAUCCAGCUGGACCGAAUGACUUUUCAAUACCAUCGCCAGCUCACUCGCGGGCGGGAAGUAUGCUUAUGGGGCCAGCCGACGGCAGACCGGUUGGUGUCAUGAAUGCCGAGCAGCAAAUGCCACGGCCUCCCCAGAAGUCGGAUAGCUAUAAUCCUUGCGCGCGAGAGCUUUCCACGUAUGGCGGUGUCGACCUCCACGCAGCGAAUUUGUUAGGCGCAGAGCUGGAGCGGUGGAAGCCAACUGUUCCUCCAGUAAACGACCUUGGUAACAUUGAUAUAGCUGCGCUGACGCGUAGCCUGCAAAGUGGUAUACACGGAGAAGUUCGUCUUGCUCUGGACACGCUUGCGACAGUAUCCCAUUCGCCGAACCAGGCACAUUUCCUGCAGCUGCGAUACUGCGAUGACUUGGUGGAUGCGCUCAUCGAUUGUGCGGAGGAGCAGCUGGAGCUAUUAACAGAGCACACGGCAGAAGUAUCCGAUGAUAUCCAGCUCACCCCAUACGAGGAAGUUGUCAGAGCAUGCCGGAUUGAGCGAUGGGCAAUUCGGGACGUUCCCGCCUUUGGCACCGACGAAUAUGAACUUGACCGAGCCGUCGAUCGAUUAGUGUGCAUCUCAACCAUUUUACGAAACGUGUCUUUCCCGGGAGAGCAGAACGACAACCAUAAUAUACUCGCCGAUGAGUCCGUCAUCAAGUUUCUCUGCACUGCCAUUCGGUAUCUCGGCACCAGGACAAUGCUUCUCCGAACUCAUAACAAUACUCUUGACUUCAUGAAGGAUGUGGUCGUCCUCCUCUCUAAUAUUGCUAGUUCGGUCGAAAUACCCGGCCGAGAACAGGCAUUGUGUCUUUUGCAGUUCUUGCUAUCAUUUGCUCCGGUUCCCAGUCCAGUAUUGACCAAUGAUACACUUUUCUUCACCAAUUAUGACCCAAGCGUUCAUACUUACCUUCCCCAUGCGGUUGAUGCAUUGGCAAAGCUUCUUGCUCGCGACGAGCCCAAUAGAGGUCAUUACAAAAACCUUUUCGCUUUCGAUGCUGCCAACGCCACUCCGCACGAGCUUCUUACCCGGACAUUUGCACUGGCAAUCUCACCAAUUCCAGACAAAGUUCGGGAGCGCGAUCGACCGGCAAAUUUCCCCUCACUCGUUGAGGUACGGAAGCCAUACCUGAUGCAAGGCUUGUUGUCAGCAGAAAUUCUUGCGUCUUUAGCACCCGGCGCUGAGUCAAAUCUCGUCAGGAGCUGGUUGAAUGCGGGUAACGGCCUGGCGAACAAUCUGUUCCGUCUCGGUCAAGAUCUGAGUCGCACGUAUGAACAGCCACAACAAGCCUUUGGUCGUGGAGCAGGACGAACCCCGCCGAGGAAAGAUCCUGAGCUUGUCUACAUCUCUGUCCUUGCGAUUGCUUUGCUUAGGCGGUUGGUGGAAAAGUCGAGAGACCCGAAUAACCCAGCCUUUUCAGCUGCCGGAGCCUUCUUACCGACCGGGCAGGCGCUACUGGAGGCCCUAUCUAUGCAUAGCCCUGAAUGGUCGAAGGAGGGCUUAUUGCAGCAUUUGUCAACAAUCACAACUCUGGCAGGCUAA